CUCUCUAGGCCGCGGAAUCCGAUAACCACCGGACUCCGCCAUGGAAGAUGAAUAAAAUAAUCUCCAAUUCAACCUCAAAGUUCCGCCAUUUCCGGCGCCACUCCACCACCGCCGCCGCCACAGACGAACCUUCAAACCACUACAUCUUAUGGCAAUACCAAAUCCUCGACCCAGACAGCGACAUCGUCGCCUACUGGAACCAAAUCUUCCUCGUCACCUCCCUCAUUGCUCUCUUCAUCGACCCUCUCUACUUCUACCUCCCCUCCGUCAGCGGCCCCGCCUGCCUCUCCACCGACACCAGCUUGAGCAUCGCCGUCACGCUCUUUCGCUCCAUCACAGAUCUCUUCUACCUCCUCCACAUGAUCAUGAAGUUCAGGACCGCUUUUGUCGCCCCUAGUUCCAGGGUUUUCGGCCGCGGCGAGCUCGUCAUGGACGCUCGAGAGAUCGCCGUUCGGUACUUGAAGUCCGAUUUCAUCAUUGAUCUUGCCGCCACGCUCCCUAUACCACAGAUUAUCAUCUGGAUAGUAAUUCCAGGAACAAGAAACUCCCGAGCUGAUCAUGCCAACAACACUCUCGCUCUUUUUGUUCUUAUACAAUAUAUUCCGAGACUAUUUCUCAUCUUCCCUUUGAAUCAGCGUAUUAUUAAAACGACAGGGGUUGUUGCCAGGACUGCUUGGGCAGGAGCUGCAUACAAUCUUCUUCUUUACAUGCUAGCCAGUCAUGUAUUGGGAGCUGUAUGGUAUCUAUCAUCUAUAGGGAGGCAGUUCUCCUGCUGGAAUGCCGAGUGUGCCAAGGAGUCACGAAUUCUGAGUUGUCUCCCUAGUUAUUUAGAUUGUAAUAGUUUGCAACAAUCUGAACGACAAUACUGGCUGAACAUCACUCAUGUUCUUUCUAAUUGUGAUCCAAAGAACGAAGACAUCAAUUUUAAGUUUGGAAUGUUUGCAGCUGCUUUUACUAAUGACGUUGCUUCCUCACGUUUUAUUGAGAAGUACUUAUAUUGUCUUUGGUGGGGUUUGAGAAAUCUAAGUUCAUAUGGACAGACUUUGGAGACAACCACAUAUCUUGGCGAGACAAUAUUUUGCAUUGUUUUAUGCAUCUUUGGUUUAGUUCUGUUCGCAUUUUUUAUUGGCAACAUGCAGACUUAUUUGCAAUCGAUGACAGUACGACUUGAAGAAUGGAGGAUUAAGAAAAAAGAUACAGAGGAGUGGAUGAGGCAUCGCCAGUUACCUCCAGUUCUGCAAGAACGUGUUCUUCGGUUUGUUGAAUACAAAUGGUUUGCCACAAGAGGAGUUAAUGAAGAAUCCAUAUUGCGUUCAUUACCCUUGGACCUUCGUCGUGAAAUUCAACGGCAUUUAUGUCUUGCACUCGUUCGUCGUGUCCUAUUCUUCUCACAAAUGGAUGACCAGCUUCUUGAUGCCAUAUGUGAACGCCUUGUGUCAUCACUGAACACCCAAGGCACCUACAUUGUUCGAGAGGGUGAUCCAGUAAAUGAGAUGCUGUUUAUCAUUAGGGGACAAUUGGAGAGCUCCACAACUGAUGGAGGAAGGUCCGGGUUCUUCAACUCUAUCACCCUUAGACCUGGUGACUUCUGUGGUGAGGAAUUAUUGACAUGGGCAUUAAUGCCAACCUCUAGUCUAAACCUGCCUUCUUCAACUCGGACUGUUAGAGCCCUUACUGAAGUCGAAGCUUUUGCACUUCAAGCCGAGGACCUUAAGUUUGUUGCAAGUCAGUUCAAGCGCCUUCACAGCAAGAGAAUUCAGCAUGCAUUCAGGUACUACUCCCACCAAUGGAGGACAUGGGGUGCUUGCUUAAUACAAGCAGCUUGGAGAAGAUAUUGGAAGAAAAAGGAGGCAAAGGAAUUGGCUAGACAGGAGAGCUUCUACUAUAUGUCAAUUUAUGACCAAGAUGAUAACUACAAUGAUGAGCUAGCAGAUGGGAAUUAUGAGGAUGAGAGUGGACAGAGACCAUCAGGGGACAAUGCAAGUAAUGCUCAACAUCUUGGGGUCACACUCCUGGCCUCAAAGUUUGCUGCAAAUACAAGAAGAGGGGCUAACAAGAAAGUUCUGGGGGGUGAUCCUGCUUCUACUAGCUUAAAGAUGCCCCAAUUAUUUAAGCCUGUUGAACCUGAUUUCUCUGUAGAUCGAGAGGAUGUUUAGUUAGUACAAGAACCAAUUAAAAAUAUUGGACACAUGAACUAAUGACAGAAUAGUUAGGAAUUUUUAUGAAAUUUGUGUGAAUCAUAGCUGUAGACUGGAGUGAAUCACAUUCUCAAAUUUCUUCUGUGUCACAAAUGCACUUGCACAUAUUGAACACCCACUUUCAAUUUUCUCUUUACAAGCAUGAUAGCUGGGGGAAGAAGCAUUU